AUGCUGAAAACUUAUUUGAGAAAUACUUCCCCAGAAAACACAAAAAAGAAAGUUGCCGAUCUGCUGGAUGAUAUCGAGGAAUUCGUGGGGAGUAUUGCCCUUUACGUUCCACCAAGUCAAUCUUCACAGUCGAACUCAGAAAUCAACGGAACAAAAAUAUUUCAAGGCGAUACCCAGGAACCUUUAAUCAUUGCUCCACAUCAGACGACCAGCUUGUUAACCUUCGAUCUACCAGUCAAUUCGGCGUUCUGCUUUGCAGUGGUGUCGUAUUGUCACAACUUGUCAUGUUCAUCGGAUUGUGCUUCAGUAACGGAUUGUGUGGAAGCCAAAUCUGCAGAGUAUGAGACGACUAAUUUGGAGUCUUUGACACAGGUUACCAUGGUUCCUACAAGUUACGCUUCUGAACCCGGUCUUCUGGCUCAAACCAGUCUCCUUCACUUUGGUACGGUGUCUCAGUCAACUGGUGCUCUCACUAGACACAUCAAAUUAAUCAACCCAUUGAAGUAUGACGUUUCCAUUGUGGGAUUGGAAACCGAUAUUUUCGAUUCCGCAUUGUCUUUAAACUUGAGCGCGCGCACUAUCCCGGCGGAAUCCCUGAUUCCGUGGUCUGUGGCCACCUUGACCGUAUCACCCGCAAAUGUCACACACAGUCGUCAGUUGACCGGAUUUGUCAUGCUAGUGACCAGUGUGAGAGGGGCCACAGUAAAAAUUCCAUUCUUUGCCAAAUUGGUGCACGGUGCACUAGUCGUACACGAGCGACGCGCAGUGAUGCAUGACCUGUCACCGCCCCGACUUCGAUUUGAUUAUGUAUUUCACAAUCAAGCUGAUAUCCCGGUAUCUGUCACCAAACCACAGUUACCACAUUCUUAUCGCGAUCUAGUCCGGAUUCAAAUUGAAAAAGCCCGCCUGUUGGAUGGUGUGUACAAUUUGGGCACUGUUUUGCUAAAUCAACAAGGCAACAGUACCGUCGUUCUGUAUAAUCGCAAUCCAAUUGAGAUCGAAAUUGAAGCGUUUGGAGUUAGCACUGCCUUGGAUCCGGCGGAUGCUUGGCGUCUCGUGAUCGAGCGAACGGAAUCCGGGACCGAAUGUAACUCCGUAUGCCUGGUGCACAGUUCUAACGAAACCUGUGUCAGUUGCCCCGUAAGUGUAUUCCUUUACCUGUUCCCGUGUAUCCGAGCCUGUUUGACUUUUUAA